CCUUUAUUAGUGCAUCACUUUUAUUACAGAACAGAAGAGAAAAAACGAAACAGUUGUUUAUUUGUCACGACAGAUCGAUUCCCACUUUCCCAAAUCUUUCUUCCAACACACAGAUUCUCCUCUCGGCACUCAGAUAUGAGUAGCCUCAUCGCUUCAUCCGCCACCGUUCUCCCUCCGUGCGGCCCCACGGCGCUCAAAUCUUGCAUCGUCUCACCUCUCGCCUCCCAAUCUCGAACCAAACCCGCGAGCUCGAGAAGAGCUUCAACCAUGACGGUUCGAUGCGACGUAGCUACCAAAACAGCUGAUUCGGUGAACGCUGAGGAGACCGAGCUGUCGGAAGAAGAAAUGGAAGCGAAGGCGAAGGUUGGAUCUUCGAUCAGAGUGACUGCGCCGUUGAAGGUUUACCAUGUGAACCGAGUACCGGAGGUUGAUUUGGAAGGGAUGGAAGGUAAGCUGAAAGACUACGUGGCCGUGUGGAAAGGGAAACGAAUAUCAGCUAAUCUUCCUUACAAGGUUGAGUUCUUUAAAGAGGUUGAAGGUCGUGGUCCUGUUAAGUUUGUUGCUCAUCUCAAGGACGACGAGUUCGAGUUCAUCGAUGCUUGAUGAUGUGACAACAAACGCAGAUUCUUUUUCUCUUCUUGUGUUUGGUGAAGCCUGGGAAUGGAGAGAAUGAUUUGUAUGUACUGAGAAUACUGAUGUAUGUGUGUGUAUACCUUUAGCAAUCAUAUACAUAAGCAUCUCUUCACUUUCCAUUGUUAUUAUUAAUUCAUCCA